UUUGGGUCAGCUGGCAGAUAAACAUGAUGUGGAAGAUUGUCCUCCCCGUCCUCGCGGUUCUGGUCUCGGUGGGUCUAUCCGAUCUCGUUGGGGGUCCGUUAGAGAUCAACAUCCAUGAGGACGAAGGGGCUCAGAGCGCCCUGAACUUCGCUGUGGUGGAACACAACAGAAGGAGCAACGCUUUGUUCCUCUCCAAGCCUGCAGAGGUGAUCAGCACCAAGAGACAGUUGGUUGCUGGCUACUUGUACACCAUAACUGUGAGAAUGGGGAUGACCCCCUGCAGAAAGAACAACGCAAAUGAACUGUGCGCCAUCCACGAGGACCCAGAGAAGGCUCGGCCUUACGAGUGCACAUUCACAGUGUACACCCGCCCAUGGCUCAGCGAGACCACGCUGAAGAGCCAGGUCUGCUCAUAAGAGAACCACGGGGGGGAAAAGAUCCAGUGUUUGCAUUUCUGUCAGAAUCGCCCUCAUGCAGAGUGAUGUUCCUGUAGACAAAGCCCCAAAAGUAUUAACAUUUCAAUUAGCUGCCUCUGCUUUUUAACACUGACCUCAGCUAAAUCCUAAAGGUGGGAGAGAAUCCUGCGCACUGUGGCGAUGUAGAGAGACUGAACGAGGAGCAGCUUUGACUUUGUAACGCAUAUUAACUGAAACAAGCAAAUCACGUUUAGUUGUGAACUGAACUUUUAAUAAUGCUUUUAAAAACAACACAGUGUUUUCAAAUGAAAUAAAAUUCUAACAGCAUGUGAACUUCA